UUUUCAAACAUUAAUAUAUCUCCAUCAUCACAAAACCUGACUCUGAACUCCCCCAUUCACAUCUCCCCCUUUCUUUUUCUUCAUCACAUUUUCCAUCUCUUUCCACAUUCUCUUUUUUUUUUCCCCUUCUAAAAAACAAACAAACAAAAAAAUGUAUCAAGACAGAAGACCAGGCGGCGGCGGCGGUGGUGGCGCACCUUACGGAAUCCUACUAGCAAUAGUAGUCAUCACACUAAUCGGCAUCCCGAUAUUCCUGGGAGACGGCGGUGAAGCAGUUACUGAAUUCAUCUCAGAACUGUUAAGUCCGUUUGGUUUGUUACUACUUCCAAUCGUUCUGUUGUUAGUUAUUCAGUAUCUGUCCUCAGAAUCCGGAUCUUUCGUAUCCGGAAUCUUUUCAUCGGGUGAACCGAAUUCUAUACAUCGGGCGAGCGGAUCUCCGGUCGGCGUUGCGCUUGUGCUUCUUUUGGUGUUAUUUCUUUUGUAUAAUAAGUUUUCGAUAUUCGGAGGCGAUGAUGAUUCUGAUGAGUAGUACUAGUAGUAGAUUUAGCUAGCUACUUGAAAAUUCAACAAAAACAAACCAUCUACAAGUUUGUUAGUUCAGUUAUUACUUCUUCGAUCUGUUGUUAUUUUUUGUUUAUUGUUUCUUAUAUAUUGUGAAAUUAUUAUAUUACUUUACAGGUAAUCAAGGUAUGGAUGUAAAUGGUAAAAUGGAGUGUUUUUUUCUAUAAUGAAUUUUGAAUCUAGAUAUUAUUUUUGGUGAA